CAUGUCUUCAUCUUUCUGAUUCACCAUCCUCUCAAUUUUGUUUUUUCCCUUUUCAAUUUCUCCAUAGAUGGCCGCAACAACAACCACGGCGGCUAGUAUCAACGCCGGAGCCGGAGGUGGUGGUGGAGGUGAAGACCGUGUUCUCGCGACGGCGCAACAGAUCGUGAAAAGCCUCAACACACCAAAAGAGGUUCGUGAAGAUAUGUUACUUAUCUUCUCCAGUUUCGAUAACCGUUUAUCGAAUAUCAAAACUGCGAUGACGAAUCAGGAAGAGGAUCAAAACGACGCUCUUGUUGCGCGUUUAGAGGCUGCAGAAUCGGUUAUUCAUCGUUGGGAUGGUGGUAAUGAUUCUUCUCGUCACUCUUCUUCGUCUUCUGGUAACUAUCGUUCCUCUUCGUUUUCUCUUUCGUUCGAUGAAUCUCCGGAGGAAGCUACGGAGUUUCUUUCAGCUGUUGAUGAGAUUAUCUCUUUACUUGAGGAUCUUUCGUCGGAGAAUAAGCCUGAUAUGGUGGAUAGAGCUGAUAGUGCUUUGCAGAUGGCUAUGUCUCAGCUUGAAGAUGAAUUUAGACGGAUUUUGAUUCGUAACACUGUUCCUUUAGAUGCGGAACGACUCUAUGGCUCGAUGCGGCGUGUUUCGUUGUCGUUUGCUGAUGGCGAUGUGGUUGAGGAUUUUGAGAAUUUUGGAUUGGUUGCUGAUGGAGAUGGUAGUGGGAGUAGGAGGAGGUUGUUUCAUGAGAGGGGAGGGAGUAUAGGGUGUGAUCUUUGGGUUGAUUUGAUUAAUCCGACUGCUGUUGAAGAUUUGAAGGAGAUUGCGGAGCGGAUGAUUCGCGCUGGUUAUGAGAAGGAGUGUGUUCAGGUUUAUAGUACGGUGAGGCGUGAUGCUUUGGAUGAAUGUUUGAUGAUUCUUGGUGUUGAGAAGCUGAGUAUAGAAGAAGUGCAGAAGAUUGAUUGGAAGUCUAUGGAUGAGAAGAUGAAGAAGUGGAUUCAAGCUGUGAAGAUUACUGUUAGGGUUCUUCUGGUUGGUGAGAAAAAGAUAUGUGAUGAGAUCUUUAGCAGUUCGGAGUCUAGUAAAGAAGUCUGCUUUAACGAGACAACUAAAAGCUGUGUGAUGCAGAUGUUGAAUUUUGGAGAGGCUGUGGCUAUUGGUAGAAGAUCAUCAGAGAAGUUGUUCAGGAUUCUGGACAUGUAUGACGCGUUGGCUAAUGUGUUGCAGACUUUAGAGGUGAUGGUCACUGACUGCUUUGUGUGUAAUGAGACCAAGGGGGUGUUGGAAGCACUGGGUGAUGCUGCGAGGGGGACUUUUGUUGAGUUUGAGAAUAAUGUUCGGAAUGAGACAUCGAAGAGACCGACGACAAAUGGUGAGGUUCAUCCAAUGAUACGUUAUGUGAUGAAUUACAUGAAAUUGAUUGUGGAUUAUGCAGCUACCUUAAAUUCUCUUCUGGAGAAUGAUGAGUUAAAUGGCUUAUCUGGGGAUGAUAGUACAGAGGAGAUGUCUCCUCUUGCAAAACGAAUAUUGGGGUUGAUUACGUCCUUGGAAUCAAAUCUUGAAGAGAAAUCAAAGUUGUAUGAAGAUGGUGGGCUGCAACAUGUGUUCAUGAUGAACAACAUUUACUACAUAGUUCAGAAGGUGAAGGAUUCUGAGCUGGGUAAACUCUUGGGUGAUGAUUGGGUUAGAAAACGAAGAGGGCAGAUUCGUCAAUAUGCUACCGGUUACCUCAGGGCUUCCUGGAGCAGGGUGUUAUCUGCUUUGAGGGACGAAAGUAUGGGUGGAAGUUCAAGUGGUAGCCCGAGUUAUGGACAAAGAAGCAACAAUUCUUCCAAGAUGGCCUUAAAAGAGAGAUUCAGAGGUUUUAAUGCCAGCUUUGAAGAGUUAUACAGGCUUCAAACGGCUUGGAAAGUCCCGGAUCCUCAACUUCGUGAAGAACUGAGAAUAUCUAUAUCAGAGAAAGUAAUCCCGGCUUACCGGGCUUUCUUCGGAAGGAAUAGGAGUCAACUAGAAGGUGGUAGGCAUGCUGGAAAAUACAUAAAGUACACACCAGAUGACCUGGAGAGUUACUUACCAGACCUAUUUGAAGGAACUCAAUUGGUUAUUCACCACCCGAGAAGGAAAAGUUAAGUCUCUUGCUAGAAGAUGAUGACGAUUGACGACGACUCUCUUGCUGGAAGGACAAUCUUGUCUGUUUGAAAGAUGACAGAGGCCAGGUAAUUUAUAUAAGUCAGGGGUUUAAGUUAUAUAUGUGAAAGUCGGACUUACACCCUUUUAUAUACUGUGUCAAAAUUCUUAUGUACAUGUCUUAAUACUUAUCAUGUUAUGACCAUGGGUUUUAUAUAAUGACUAUGCUCUUGCAUCAAAUGGUCUAUGCUAUAUGUUGGUUGGUCACAGUUGGUUUUGAGAUUAUAGAGCAAAACUGUUGUUCGAUUAGUUGAUUGAUGAUAUUACUUUCUUGUUGUAACGUAUCUGUACUUAGAUUUGAUAGUACAGUGUUUUUUGUUGCAUAUAAAUGAGAGUUAGAAAU